CAAGCUGAGUUGAGCUGCACGGCUCGUAUUCCCUUUUUUAGUUGAGUGAAAAAAAAAAAAAAAAAAAAGCGACAACAUCGUAUCGCUGCCGCCAUCUUGUUACCGGGCAGCGGGAGGACCGGACGUGGUGGAGGACAGGAGGGGGCUACAAGAGCGGGGAUGGCAGCGGCGGCCCACUCAGAGAUGGGGUCGGAUGUCCCUGCUCUGGGAGUCGCUGUGUCCUCAGGAAACCCAGGCUCCAGUGCCCAGGCCGGAGGGUCCAUGGUGCAGAGAUCCAACAAGCGUCGCUCAGGGUUGGAUUUUGAUGACGACGACGACGAUGACGACUCCGGCAGUAAAUUCCUCAGGUGUGAUGACGACCAGCUUCCUAAUGACAAGGAGAGGUUUGCAAGGUCAGACGAUGAGCAGAGUUCAGCGGAUAAGGAAAGACUUGCAAGGGAGAAUCACAGCGAGAUCGAGCGGAGGAGAAGGAAUAAAAUGACCGCCUACAUCACCGAGCUCUCCGACAUGGUGCCCACGUGCAGCGCCCUGGCACGCAAGCCAGACAAGCUCACCAUCCUGCGUAUGGCGGUGUCCCAUAUGAAGUCUCUGCGGGGAACAGGGAACACUUCCACAGACGGCUCCUACAAGCCGUCCUUCUUGACCGAUCAGGAGCUCAAACACCUGAUUUUGGAGGCGGCAGACGGCUUUCUGUUCGUUGUGUCCUGCGAGACGGGAAGGAUCGUGUACGUCUCGGACUCCGUGACUCCUGUCCUCAACCAGCCCCAGACCGAGUGGUUUGGGAGCACCUUGUACGACCAGGUUCACCCGGAUGAUGUGGACAAGCUUCGGGAGCAGCUCUCUACAGCGGAGAACGCCAUGACGGGGCGCAUCCUAGACCUGAAAACUGGCACAGUGAAGAAAGAGGGUCAGCAGUCCUCCAUGAGAAUGUGCAUGGGGUCCCGGAGGUCGUUCAUCUGCAGAAUGAGAUGUGGGACCACUGCUGGGGAAUCGGCUGCCAUGAACAGGCUCGGCUUCAUGAGGAACAGAUGCAGGAGCGGCCUGGGUCCCCCUAAAGACGGAGAGCCGCAGUUUGUGAUCGUACAUUGCACAGGAUACAUUAAAGCAUGGCCGCCUGCAGGUGUCACGUUACCGGACGAGAACCAGGACGCAGGGCAAAGCAGCAAGUUCUGUCUGGUGGCCAUUGGCAGGUUACAGGUAACAAGCUCCCCCAACUGCACAGACAUGAAUAGCAUCUGCCAGCCGGUCGAGUUCAUCUCGCGGCACAGUGUAGAUGGCUUGUUCACCUUCGUGGACCAUCGAUGCGCUGCAACUGUUGGCUACCAGCCCCAAGAGCUCUUAGGAAAAAGCAUUGUGGAGUUUGCCCACCCCGAAGACGAGCAGCUGCUGAGAGACAGUUUCCAACAGGUGGUGAAAUUAAAAGGUCAGGUUCUGUCCGUCAUGUUCCGGUUCAGAUCCAAAAGCCGCGAGUGGCUGCUGAUGAGGACCAGCUCGUUCACCUUCCAAAAUCCCUAUUCUGAUGAGAUUGAGUAUAUCAUCUGCACAAACACCAACAUAAAGAACUCUAGCCAGGAGUCGCGACCAGCCUUGGCCACAUCUAUGCAGAGACCACCGCUAGGCCAGGGCCUUUCACACUCUCUGGAAAUGGGUCCAGGACAAUUGACUGGCAGACAACUGCCUCCGCCACCAUCAGAACUGGAUGUUGUGCCCAGCAGGGAUAAUAUGGUUGCAUAUAACCACACACAGGUUCCAGUUCAGCCAGUGACUGCUGCAGUUCCUGACCACAAAUCUCUGGAGAAGUCUGAUGCUCUUUAUGGACAGGAGAGAGACUCCAGGUUUGCUGAAAUCUACAGCAGCAUUAACCCAGACCAGAAUAAAGCCCUCAAUCCCAACGGAGUCCCUGGCAACCAGCAGCUCUUCCCACAAGCCAGCACUUUCACGUCUGCUCCCCGCCCAGUGGACAACUUCAGGAGUGGUGGGAUGGUUUCUCCAGGAAACAUUAUCCAGCAGCCGGUGUCUGCCGGGCAGAUUCUCGCCCAGAUAUCACGACAUACCAGCCCCACUCAAAUCACCGGCACUAACUGGAGCUCUGGCGCACGUCCCUCCUUCACAGGGCAGGCAGCAAAGACCCAGUCGCCUGCGUUUGGGAUGGGCAACUUCCAGACAACUCCUACCAACUUCAGCCCAUUGUCCUCCCAGAGUUCCACCUCCUCUCCAGCGGCGGCCACAUACCCCAACCUGGCCGCUAGGACCAACAACUUUGCCGCAGAGGUAGGACAGCCACGUGUACCCUUCCAGACACGGGCAGCGGACGCGGUAGGAGUGUGGCCCCAGUGGCAGAGCCAGCAUCACGGCCAAAACAAUGCAGAGUCUCACGUCCAGCCACAGGCCGGCCAGUCCGAAGUCUUUCCAGACAUGUUGUCCAUGCUGGGAGAUCAGGCCUCCAGUUACAACAACGAAGAGUUUUCCGAGCUCAACAUGUUCCAGCCUUUCGCCGAGUAAGAGAUGCCCUCAGUCGCACAGAUCAUGGAAUCCAGAUGCCUAUAAAUGACCGUUUGCUCAGCUCCUCUCCCCCACCCCCAAUCACUUACUCCUUACUCUUGAUCUCCUGCCGUUUUCGAGGAGAUAAGACCAUUGGCGGUAAGGCAGGUGGACUAUACAAGAUGGACGCUGCCACCAGGACAUGGGGAGGAACCGUCACAGGGACACCACAGAACUGCCUUCUAUAUGAACUUAGGGGAGAGACCUGAUCAUGUUCUCUCUCUCCCCAACCCUCACCAGCUUUGUACCCCCCUUCCAAAAAUAUUUUGCCACUGAUUAUUCGUCAUUUGCAAAAUCUGAUUAAUUCAGAUUACAAUACGCGCCCCCUCCCCAAAACAUUUCAUUAUUAUGUAGUCACCUUAAGACCCUAAAAGCUAUCAUUUUAGGCUCUAUCAGGGAUGAAACUUCAUGCGUAGGAUAAUCACAAUUGUAGUUGGUGCCUUUUUUUAUCACGUCAGGACAGGAAACCGCUAGACAAUCAGUAGACGAGAAAAAAAAUUGGUCAGCCGCCUAGGUAGACAUAGGAAGGCCAUGGCUUUCUGCAUAUAUUAUAUCGUGAGACCGCUACAGGUCAGGGCCACCUUAAAGGGUUGUCGCACAAUGACAUGUCAUAUCAGGGUGUAUGGAUGUUGUAGGUAAGGGUGGUCCUGCUCGCUGGUGGACACAGCCCGUCUAUGCAGUAUAGGCUCAGCCAAAUAGUUGCCGGAGCUGGUAAAAGCUGAUUGGCAGAAGUUAGAGAAGCUGGGUCCACAAUGAUCCCAGACUCGCAGUGAUCGAUUAUCUUCAGUUUUCAACAUGGUUGCCUGGGCAAGACAACCCCUCUAAGGGUGCAUUCACACUGCGUUUGAAGUUCAUGUGCCGCUUGCGUCCAACGUAUCCGAUUGUUCGGACAGAGGCAGAGAAUGGCUAUACAGCGGCAUACGUCGCGAAUGAACGUCGGAGAAUCGCCCUGACCGCCACCAAAGACAGCAAAGUGAAUGCACCCUAUCCAAAAAAAUAAGGGGGUGAGCUCUUGUUUAAGUGACAGCCUGGUAUUUAUUAAAAACAGAUGAGAUUCAAGAUGGCUGCCAUUAAAAAUAAAGUGAAAAAAAAAUCAACUUGCAGGCCUUUUUAAGCACUUCUUAGGAAUGACCCUCCUAAACGACCUGUAUAUUUUUGUAAAAAUGAAAACAGAUAUUAUCUUCCUGUAUAUCCGAGGCCGAUUAUUUUUAUACAUCGAGUAAACCUUAUAGGGGUUGUCCAGGAUUUGAAAAACAUGGCUUCCUUCUUCCCGAAACAGCGCCACCCCCUGUCCAUGAGUUGCGUCUGGUAUUGCAGCUCGAGCUGCAAUACCCUCUGACCAGCUGUGGACACGGGAGGCGCUGCAUCUGCCAGAAAUCGGCUACGGUAUCUGGACAGCAGCGUCCUGUCUAGAGCUCACUGAGCGGCCAUAUAAGAAGACGUUCUCCAGCGUCUGACCGGAUAAUCGCAGGACUAGCACAGGGUUUUACGUCUUAUUACGUAACACACAUUUCUUCUUCAGGAUAAAUGGCUUCUUGACUUUUCCUUGCGCUCUCUAUUGACUUCUUCAGAACUUCUUUUUUUGUGCAAAGUGUUUUAUGUGUAUACAAUAUGAAAUAAUAUAAUUUUAUGAGAAUUUUUACUUG